UGACUGACAACGGUUAGUUAGUGGUUGAGGCAGUCCAUAGUGAAGGCAACUCACUCUCGACGUUUGCAGCAAGCGCUCUGUGUGCGAAUAGAACUAUUUUAGAACACUUUCUGUAUCUAAAGAAGCUUCCAGAGCGACAACCAAUCACAAGCUGCUGGCAUUAUUCAGUGUACAGUUGCAGACAGGCACCGGGUGAAACACGUGGCAUUUUAUAUUCGCUUGGAAUCAAAUGCGUUUCUGCUCGUCCGUUACGCAGAGAGCAUCGUCUAGCAAGCUGUCGUCGCUCCCCCACUCUUGAGGCACAUUUAUUUAUAGUGCCAACGGGCGCUUGCCGAAACCUACAUCAGUUAAGAAGGACUAAACGGGAUUUGGACAGAAAAGCUUUCAACAUAUCCUAACUGUUUCGGGAAAAUGAAGGCUACUGCAACGAUUGCGCUUUGCGCACUGCUGCUGUUGGGUUACUGUUCCCAUACAAGAGGUGACCACGAGACAGAACCCAGCGAGCCCAAGACAGACGCCAGUACCCCACCUGUGCCUGUGCCCCCGGUUGGUGCCCCCGGCCCCAGCGAGCCCAAGACAGACGCCAGCGACCCCAAGACAGACGCCAGCGACCCCAAGACAGACGCCGUCGAGCCCAAGACGGACGCCGUUGAGCCCAAGACGGACGCCGUUGAGCCCAAGACGGACGCCGUCGAGCCCAAGACGGACGCCGCCGAGCCCAAGACGGACGCCGUCGAGCCCAAGACGGACGCCGUCGAGCCCAAGACGGGCGACGUCGAGCCCAAGACAGACGCCAGCGACAGCAAGACAAACGCCAGUACCCCACCUGUGCCUUUGCCCCCGGCUGAUGAUACCCCAGCUGUCACCGAAGCUGCCGCUGGGGACAACAAGAACAACAAACCAGGAAGUGGAAACGAGGGCAACACAAACGCCACAGGGGCUGAUGCCACAACCACUCUUCCCUUGAAACCGUCCCCCUCUGAGCAGCCUGCUCCCCAAGUUGUUGCCACCUCCGCCGCACACCCUCACCACAGCCCUUCCACAACCCCAGCCCCAAUCCCGACCUCUAAGGCAAAUGAGACACCCAAGGCCACCGACACCACCAAGGCCAUCGAGAUCCCCAGUGUCAACGCCAAUGAUACCAACAAGGCAGACAACCUCACCGUUGACAACACACCCUCCACCACACAUGCUGCCACUCCUGCACCACCUACUAAUACUAAUACUACUACUGGUGCUGAAGCUGGUGCCCGGCCUAGCGUCACAACUAGCGCUGCAUCUACGGAGCAGGAGAAAGGCACCAUCAAGCCCACCACCUCCUCCGCCCCCAUCGAAGCUUCUGCCGCCAAUCACCCCUCCCCCACCACUGUAGGUUCUCCGACCAAUGCCACCGAAGGUCCUAAGAAACACACCCCAUUGCCCACCACCAUCACUUCUACAACCCAUCCCCCCACCCCCUCCCCGACCUCCAAAGGUUCCGCAGCCCAUGCCACCUCCCACACCACCAGAAGUUCUACCACCCAUGCUACCGAAGGUCCUACCGCCCAUGCCACCGAAGGUUCUACGCCCCGUGCCACCGAAGGUCCUACGCCCCGUGCACAUGCCACCUCCACCACCACCACCAGAAGUUCCACUGCCUCCAGCACCAGCAGCACCAGCAGCAGCACCUCUGCCAGUGGUCCAGCCAAAGUACUUGGAGACGGGGGUGCCGCGGUGUCUGACCCCCUAUUGGCUGGCCUAGUGUCCGUCUUCGUGAUCGCGGCGGCCAUCGUCUCCUUAUUGGUCUUCCUGAAGUUCCGCCAUCGGAAUGCGCGCCCAGAGUUCCGCAGGCUGCAGGACCUCCCAAUGGAUGACAUGAUGGAGGACACGCCUUUAUACAGCUAUUGACCACACCCCCUCUCCCACCCAGACUGAAAUGCAGGCUCUCCAUUGGCCUGGAGCUGUUUCCAUUUUACACAGCAUCCCCUGCUUUAAGACGAAGAAGAAAAAAGAAAAAAAAGAAAGCACCUUUUGAGCCUUCUCCCUACCCCCCGCCAUCGCCGCCCCCUAGAAUUCUACUUUGAUAUGUGUGUUUUGGCCUCCAGCCUGCAGGGGGCCCUAUGUGUAGGGCGGGAAGGUAGUUACUGCUUGUGCCUGUGCUGAAAAGAGACAGGCGUUCCUGAAACGUGGGUGAGUGAGUGAGCGCCACACAUGCCACAGGCUUGGACUGGGAUAUGGAUUGGCAUGGAACAGUGCCCACAUGCUGCCCAUGUAGCUGAUUUCCUUGACGUUCAGUCAGCUAGUUAUCGCCCUCUAGUGUCUGGAGUCCGGCUGUGCCACCCCCUGCCACAUCAGCUGUGCCACCCCCACACCAACUGCCUGCUCCUCCCCAGUAGCUUUCUUCAGUUCCUAGCAGACUUGUUGCUGUAUUAAUUGGCUGCUACUGGAGAAGUAACAGUAUUUUUUGUUGUUGCUGGCUUAAGGUUUUUUUUUGUUUUGAAUUUUUUUCUGGAAGUUCUGUUGUUUGUUUCUAUUCCAGAGACUGUCAUGCUGAAGACUGAAGAGAGAGACACCAUAAUGUGUUUCGCACCGAAACAUCUUCAUCACAAAGAACGAAUGUCGUGGUGGAAUACCAAGAGACCAAAGUAUGCUAUGCUACGGCUACGCUACGCGAGCCAAAGUGAUGACAGAUGGCAGGUUGGCGCAGGGCAGAUCGUGUCCAGCUACCCACAGUGUUGCCAAAUAGUCUGUGUUUAUUUUAAAUUACGCAACCUACGAUCCCCCCCCCUCCUCCCCUCCCUAUCGUGAGAAAGAAUCAAGUCAUCCUGGGUUGAUUCGAUUUUUAUUUUUUUAUUGGCGCCAAGUUGAUUGUCAUUUGUCCCCCUCCAAGUGCAGGUGUAAACUGUAAAAAUAUCACAACCUCUUGAAUCAAGACAAAAAAGUAAACAUUGCCAUAUUGUUACCAAAACAGAAAAAAACAAAGGAGCUUUGUGCCUUUUCACAUUGAUUUCUUUGACGCACGCAAAACUGCCUGUAGCGGAACCUGUAGCUACAGGUAUAGAAAACAAGAUGGACGCCUUAGUUUUGAGGAAGCUACAGUGCCUAUAAAAAAAGCUUGGUUCAAAUGCCAGGUUUGGGGUCAUUUUGAGUUCAAUUGCAUUGUAAUUAAUAGUUUAGAUUGAAGGUGGACAAAGUUGUUACGUUUUUUUGGGGGGUCAUUUUUUUAUAUCACCAAAACCUGGCAUUUGAACAGGGGUCUGUGCACUUUUUUUGAGCACUGUAUGUGGUGCGGGUGCAGCUAAAAUGGCGGCACGUGUGAUCAUACAUGCUCUUUGGCAUUGUAGUAGCUGCUGCUCCUGGCAUAGCGGGUAGCUGUAGUGAAUUGCACAAUGUUGGUCGUAUGCCAAAUACCUAGUGAAUUACUUUGUCUAUGACAAGGAUAUUU